UACAAAUCCUUAAUUGCAAGUAAAGAGGGGGAAAAAAGGCGAAGGGGGAUCUAGUGUCUCUAGCAGCCCCAGUGAGGGUCUCCAGGCGGUGAGGCCCCCUUUGAUCAGGAAAAUCCAAUUAUUUGUGUAUAUACAUUUCCCACAUAGUGAUUACUUCAUUAAUUGUCCCGCCUUUAUCUCCUCCCUACCCAUCCCCCCUAAUAAUCAGUUCUUUUAUCCAGACCAACAAACACACCAUAGGAGCUUUGUGGAUUCAAAGGAUUUGCUUUCGCUUCUGAAAGAGCCGCUAUUCUUUGAUGAUUGGGUAGCGGCAAACUUCAAAGCCAUAAAUCUUCCCUCUGACUGGCUGGCGGCCCAGCAAAGUCCUUAUCAAAUUCUUGGAGGUGAUCCUAGAGCACUCAGACAGUCCGCGGAGAGCGCGCGGCGCGGGGCGGUCAGGCAAGGCGAGGCGAGGCUAGGCGUGGGGCGGGGAAGGGGGGGCAGGACAGCCGGAAAGCGGGGAGCGCACUCCAAGGGGGGCAUAAGCGAACAGAGAGGGGCCGAAUACACAGGCGAACGAGCCGGCCGGGCAAAGAAGCUGGGCUGCUCUUCGUCUUCGCCUUGGAGCCUCCAUGCCUCGGCAUUGCCCAGCUGCCCUCCCGUUGCUCCAGGAGUGGUAGCCAUGGCCGCUGUAGCGGUCCUUCGGAACGACUCCCUGCAAGCUUUUCUCCAGGACCGCACCCCAAGCGCUUCUCCGGAGUUGGUCAAACACUCGCCGCUGGCGCUCCUGGCGGCCACCUGUAGCCGAAUAGGACAGCCGGGCUCGGCCGCCCCUCCGGACUUUCUACAGGUCUCCUACGACCCGACUCUGGGAUCACCCUCCAGGAUUUUCCACCCGUGGACUACAGACAUGCCAGCCCACUCGCCAGGAGGCCUACCUCCUCCCCAUCCCAGUCUGGGGUUGACGCCCCAGAAGAACCACCUGCAGCCCUCUUUCGGGGGUGCCCACGAACUUCCCCUCACCCCACCGGCAGACCCCUCCUACCCUUACGAAUUCUCACCGGUCAAGAUGCUACCCUCCUCCAUGGCAGCCCUGCCGGCCAGCUGCCCCCCAGCCUACGUGCCCUACGCCACCCAGGCCGCUCUGCCACCUGGCUAUUCUAACCUGCUGCCCCCGCCGCCGCCGCCGCCUCCACCACCGCCUCCCCCGCCGCCGCCACCUCCCCCGCCGCCCUGCCGCCAGCUCUCCCCUAACCCUGUCCCGGAGGACAUUCCGUGGUGGAGCAUUCCGCAAGCCGGGGCCGGGGCCGGAGGUCCAGGCGUGCCCGGAGGCGGCGUCCCAGGAGGCUGCAGCGGGGGCCACCCGGGUCACCAUGCCCCGCGCUUCCCCGCGGCGGCCACUGCUGCGGCCGCGGCGGCUGCCGCCUUGCAGCGCAGCCUGGUACUGGGCCACUCGGACUUCGCCCAAUAUCAGAGCCAGAUCGCCGCCCUGCUACAGACCAAGUCCCCCCUGGCGGCCACGGCCAGGAGGUGCCGCCGCUGCCGCUGCCCCAAUUGCCAGGCAGCGGGUGGAGCCCCCGAGGCGGAGCCCGGCAAAAAGAAGCAGCACGUCUGCCACGUUCCCGGCUGCGGCAAGGUGUACGGCAAGACGUCGCACCUGAAGGCGCACCUGCGCUGGCACACGGGCGAGCGCCCCUUCGUCUGCAACUGGCUCUUCUGCGGCAAGAGCUUUACGCGCUCGGACGAGCUGCAACGGCACCUGCGGACUCACACGGGCGAGAAGCGCUUCGCCUGCCCAGAGUGCGGCAAGCGUUUCAUGAGGAGCGACCACCUGGCCAAGCACGUGAAGACGCACCAGAACAAGAAGCUCAAGGCAGGAGAGGCCGGGGUCAAGCGGGAGGACACUCGAGAUCUUUGAACAGCCCCACCACCACCAUCCUCGACUCUUGCCACUGCACCCCCUCCCCGCUGUUGCCCCGGGACCUCUUUCCCCGGGAGCCGCUUGCACUGAGGGGAAAGCUUUGGAUUUGUUCAGCACCGCGGCCUUUGGA